AUGUCUGAGCCAACGCCUCAAGAACCCCAAUCCAGCCCCCGGCCCGAGGUCGACUCAGACGUCAUGGCGUACCUCCGCCUCUGGCACGAGCGCCUGGCACACGCGAACCUAAAAGCCGUCGUGGUGCUCACCCACAACGGGGACGCGGGGGAGAUGCCCAAGGGCUUCCCAAAGGGGCAGAAGGAUAAAUUCGAGGGCCUCCAGCCGUACAUGGACCAGCUCAACUGUGAUGCUUGCAGGGAAACUUAUGGAAACCCGUCGGGACCCUCUUCCUGUGGUCUAGGGCACUCUGUCGAGUCUGGCGAGCUGGACUGUACGCGGUGCUAUGGACAGAGAGUAGCCGUCCCGUUGUUGUUUCUGCUCCAAAGCCUCAUGAGAAAUGUUUUCGGUCAUUUGUAA